UUCCGUGUUCGUGUCACGUGACCUCGCGGCUGUGGUCUGGCCGACUUUCAGUGGCAUCCGAACAAGGGCAGGCAGUUAACUCACUCGGAUUUGUAACCACACACGACGACAACAUGAGCACCAAAGCUCUUCGGAUACGUUAGCGCAAACCGCAGAGGCACCCAGGGACGACAGAGACGACGUCUUCUUUUACCGAGUCAAGCGACGUCCAUGCUGCAAUCGCUGACGCAUAGUUUUUAGCACCCAAGAGGCCGUGAGACGCACUGCCAACAUGAUGUCCUCCAGCGAUGAUGUUCAAGGGGAAGGGUCUCUUUUCUCUGAUCAGAACCCAUCAGAACUGGAUGCUCUGUGUCCCUCCCCUCCAGGACCUGCACGAACACAGCGUCACUACGAGAGGAUCGGCACGCAAACCGGAACAUCUUUCUGUCAGACUCUGAUCCACCUGCUGAAGGGCAACAUUGGCACCGGGCUGCUGGGUCUGCCUUUGGCAGUUAAGAAUGCAGGUCUUGUGCUGGGUCCGGUCAGCCUGCUGUGCAUGGGCCUCAUCGCGCUCCACUGUAUGAGGGUGCUGGUCGACUGUUCCCACUACCUCAGUGCAAAAAUGAACAGGCCGUCUCUGACGUAUGGCGAAGCGAUCCAGUACAGCAUGGAGAAUGUUUCGUGGCUCAGGAGACACUCGCAUUGGGGAAAACGGACAGUCAACUUGUUUCUCAUCAUCACCCAGCUCGGCUUCUGCUGCGUUUACUUUGUCUUCCUGAGCGACAAUGUUAAGCAGGUGGUCGAGGCAGCCAACGCCACCACCUUCAACUGCCAGGUAGACGGCGGCAACCAGACACAGGUGCUGGUGCCCAGCUUCGACUCACGCCUCUACAUGCUCUGCUUCUUGCCUGCCUUCAUCCUUCUGGUCUUUACGCCCAACCUUAAGUACUUGGCGCCGCUCUCGCUUAUCGCCAACUUGGUCAUGGCCACCAGCCUGGUCCUCAUCUACUUCUACUCCAUCACGCACAUCAAAUACCCCAUUGACCUUCCGUUGGUGGGCCAAGCCAAGGACUACCCGCUAUUCUUUGGGACAGCCAUAUUUGCUUUUGAAGGGAUCGGAGUGGUUCUCCCGCUGGAGAACAAGAUGCACAGGCCACAGAGUUUCCCCUUGGUCCUUUACCUAGGAAUGGGCAUUGUCACCUUCCUCUACAUCAGCCUGGGCACCAUUGGCUAUAUAUGCUUUGGUGCCGACAUUGGCGGCAGUAUCACCCUCAACCUGCCCAACUGCUGGACCUACCAGGCUGUUAAGUUGCUCUACUGCUUCGGCAUCUUCAUCACGUUCGCUUUGCAGUUCUACGUCCCCGCCGAGAUCCUUAUCCCGUCGGCCGUAGCCCGCGUGCCAGAGCAUUGGGAGAGGGCCGUUGAACUUGUGCUCCGCGCCGUCCUUGUCAUAUUUACAUGCACCCUCGCCAUCCUGAUCCCGGAGCUGGAUCUGGUCAUCUCACUGGUGGGCUCGGUCAGCAGCAGCUUCCUGGCACUCAUUUUCCCACCCAUCCUGCAGGUUCUCACCUUCCAUGGCGAGGGUUUGUCGCCAGCGUCGCUCACCAAGAACCUGGUCAUCAGUUUUGUGGGCCUGGUGGGCUUCCUGGCGGGCACGUACGUGGCCAUCGAGCAGAUCGUUGCUCGCAAUGCGCUCAAACGUGAGCUCCAGUAGCCAAAGCGGCAAGACUUUUUAUUGAGGGUGGGGUGGUUUUAAUUCAUCAUCACUGUAGUGCAUGUGUGUUUCCACCAUGUCGUACGCUACUCAGUCCCGUCAAGUAGGGGCUUGUUAUUUUAUACGUUUUGAGUUUGUUGACGUUUAGUCAAACUACCUCAACAUUUUUUUUUCUGCAAUGUACUGGCAUGCUUUUUAGUACCCACAUCCCAAUGAGGGGUGAAUGUUUGCGAGUGUUUGCAAAGGCAGCGCGUGUUGAUUUAUUUGUCAGGGUUCGUUUAAUGUCGCAAACAUUUGAUCAACGUUCGCCAAAUCUUUACCAACAGUGUUGGGGUUUUUUCUUGUAAAUUUUAAACACGUUCUAGAUUUCUUUGAGACAAGAAAAAAUGUCAGUGACCAUUAAAACUGUUGGCGAGCAUCUGGUGAACAUCUUUGCGCCCUUGAACGCGCCCUGACAAAAAAAAUAUUUGUAAAAAAUCAAUGUCCGCUGCCCCCGCAAACACUCGGAAACGUUUGCCACUCAGUGGAUUACGGGCUGUAUUUAUAGUUUUGACCAGCACCUAAUCAACAAAAUUGAAGUAGCACUUUUAUUUUUUGCCUUAUGCAGUAAAACCGCAUGGAAAAAUGGAUGUAACGAUGAUACAAACCAACAUUCUAAUGUGUAUUUUAAAGUUGGAAAUGCAGGUUGUGCUUUGAAUUUAUUAACAGGGACCAGUUUAAAAUAAUUUAAACCAGUGGUCAUUUUCCGGACACAGUUUUCCAAAGAUAUGUUUUUUUUUUUUCUUUAAUUAAGUGGACACUUACAUUACUCACAAAAAGUUAGGGAUAUUUGGCUUUCAGGUGAACUUGCCUAGAAUGCAUUCAAACCUUUCCAGGUGAACUGAAUUGGACCUCCUUUAAACUUUUGAAUGCUUAUGUCCAACUGUUAAAUGCUUCAGUACUUUUUGCACAAAUUGCCGUUCUCUCAGGAGGAUCGUAAUGGCAAAAUUGACAAAAACCAAUAAAUGUUCUGGUUCAAAGAGAGAGCUGCUGUUUAGGUUUUCAGUCGACCUCAUCAUGCUGUUCACAUUUAGACAUCCUGAGGCCAAGAUGACACCUAACAAUGGAUCAACAGUAACUUUCCAUUGUGAUGCUUCAAACUGGACCGUCUCAGGCAGAAAUGGCCCCUGUUCUUAGAAUGUCAUCGGCAGGUUGCAACAGAGAUCCCGAGAGACUGGAAUAGUCACAGAAAGAUGUAGAAGUGGACGUCCUUUGGCCACAUCCCAUACUGAUGACCACUACAUUGUGAACAAUGCCCUGAGAAACCCAAUGAUGAAUGCCACUAAAGUUCAGGCACAUUUAAGGGAGGGGAGAGGCACCCAAAUGUCAAAGAAGACCAUUCAAAACCAUUUACAUCCACUUGGUCUGCAUGCUAGACGACCUGCGUGGGCCAGGGAGCAUUUACACCGGACGAGGGACCAAUGGGUCUCAGUGCUGUUCUAUGAUAAAAGUUGACUCGCAUUGAGCAGAAAAGAUGGAGCGCUCUGCAUCAGCCACUGUUGUGGUGGGUGUGUCCAGUCGGUAGAGAAUUGCCCUACACUUUGUGAAUGGUGACAAUCCCAUACUACCUGAAUAACAUUCAUCCAGUAAUUGUGCCCCCACAUGAACAACACGUGCCUAAUUUCAUCUUCCUGGACGACAAUGCUCCAGCUCAUCGAGGUUGCAUUGUCAAGGAAUGGCUGUUGGAGACUGGUGGACCUUAAAUGGAAUGGCCUGCACUUCCUCCAGACGUGAUUCCUAAUGACAAGCUGUGGGAUCAUCUGAGUCGCCGUGUAGAGGCUCAAAACUUUGCUCCCCAGAACCUCAAUGACCUGAAGGCCACCCUUCAAGAAGAAUGGGAUGCCAUGCCUCAGCUGACGGUAAAUCAACUUGUGAACAGCAUGGGACGGCGUUGUCAAGUUGUAAUUGAUGUGCAAGGACACAUGAAGAGUUAUUGAGGUGUUUACAUUUGUUGUUGUGGUGUACAUUGUUGUCAUAAUUUGUUUCACUGAAUUGUUUUGAGAUGAGGAAAUCAGCAGUGCAUCCUUCUACUUAAAUGUCGUAUUUCGGUGAUAUGAUAUCACUGUAGCGUGAACUUUUUACAUUUUCCAUAAAUUUCACCUGAAAACCAAACAUCCCGAACUUUUUGUGAGUAGUGUAUGGAGCAAGCAGCACAAGCAAUUUCAAUUGACGUCAAAAAGUGCAUUGGAGCAAGCAUUUGCAACUUCCAGAUUUCAAAAAUUAGAAAUGAAUGGUGAUCUCACUGCCGUUUCCACCAAAUUUCACACACGUUGACUCUCAAUACAACUUGUAAUAUCGCCUUGUUAGCUUCUCGACAUUUUAUUACACUGUUGAGUGAGGGGUUGGGUUUAGAGAUUAAGGCUAGAGUAGAUUAAGGGAUGAGAGUUGAAUGUUGGGUUUAGCGAGUGGGUUAUGAUAGGGGUUAGUUUUUAAGAUGAGGCCGGGUUGGGGUUUAGGAUUAGCCUACCCCUGGCGUAUCAUUGAAUUAAUAAACCGAAUCAAAGCCAACCUUGCAAGGACCAAAUUCUAUCAGCUCUUUUCAUCCUUAAACAUCCUUUUUUGAUUCUGUUCAAUUUUGCAUUGUAUUGUGUCUUACAAAAAGUUUUUAUUUUUAAGUAACGCAGCACAUCAUUUUAGAUGUUUUGUCAAAAGUGUCAUUCAUCACAAUGAACUGUCGUUCACAAUUCAUCAUCCGUAUGUGUAAUACACACCGGCGGGUGUUCCAUCAGACUGACGCAGGCCAUCGCUGUUUCCGUCAAUAUUUCAGACCGAGCCAGGAGAGCCCAAUCCGUCCCUCGUCUGCGACAUCCAAUCGGCAUCAAGCGUAAUUUCUACGUCGCACACAGGCGCUGCACAAGCCACCCCGCAGCCAAAUCAAGAUAAAAAAUUGAAAAACAA